AUGAUUUCUAACAGUUGUAAUUCUACAACUUUGAGGAAAUAUUUGAAAGCCGGUAUUCCAAAUUUUAUUAGAAAAUAGGUGUAGCAUUAUCUAAUUUACAAAACUAUUCAGAAGCUAUUGAGCGCUUCAACAUAGCUAUCUCAAUAAAUUCCAAAAAUGAUAAAGUGUGGAAUGAGAAGGGUAUUAAAAUUUUAAUAUAUUUUUAUAUAGGUUUAGAAUUAAGUAUUCAUUUAAGCUGUAGCAAAAUUACAGCAAUAUUAAGAAGUUAUUGAAUGCUUUGAAAAGCUAUUUCAAUUAAUCCUAAAUAUGAUACAGCAUUGAAUAACAAAGGUAAUAAAUUUAAAUUUAUUAUUAUAUAGGUUAAGCAUUGUCUUUUAUGUACAUCGCUUUUGUUUUUAAACAUUUUACUGAAAUACUAAGAAGUAAUUUAGUGCUAUGAAAUAGCCAUUUCUUUAAAUCCCCAAAAUGAUACUGCAUGGUAAAACAAAGUUAAUAUAUUUCAAUGUAUUAUUUUAUAUAUAGGUUCAGCAUUAAAAAGUUUAAAGUAAUACUAAGAAGCUAUUAAAUGUUACGAAAAAGCUAUUGCGAUUAAUCCUAAUUAUGAUGCAGCAUGGAAUCAAAACGGUAAUAUAUAUAUAUAUGAAUUUAUUAUUAAUUAGAUUCAGCAUUAAAAAUUUUAAAGAAAUUCUAAAAAGCAAUGCUUCAACAGAGCUAUUUUAAUUAAUUCUUAAAAGGAUGUCGCAUGGAUUCGUAAAGGUAAUGAAUUUCAAUCUAUUUUUGCCUUGUAAUAUAGGUACAACAUUACACAAUUUAAAGAAAUACUAAGAAGCAAUUGAGUGUUUCGACAAAGUUAUUUUAAUUAAUCCCAAAUAUGAUAUAGCUUUUAGUAAAAAAGGUAAAUUUGAUGAUAAUUUGGGAUUGGCUCUAAUCUUUUUCUGCAACAUUAAAUAUUACAUAAAUUAAAGAAAUUUAAAGAGACCAUUUUAUGUUUUGAAUAAGCAAUUUCAAUUAGUGGACUAGGUCGAUAAGUAAUAGGUGCUAAUGAAUAGUUGUAACAGAUUUUUGAAGAGAUUUUUACUGAUAGUAAUAGUGCAUAAGAGAGGAUUUUAGAUAUUCUGCAAUGAUCAAGAAUACUAUAAGGGACAUAAUCAAUAGCAUUUGUUGAAACAUGGACGCUGA